GUAAAGAUGGCGACAGCUGAGCAGGGCAGCAGAACAACUUUAUUCGAGCGGCUCUGAGUGGAUUUUCUUCCGUCGGUCGGAGCGUCUCAGUCGGCUGCUUCUCCUCCGGCUGCCCGCCGCCUUCAGGCUCGGAUCUCGUUCACAGCCGGACCUCGGCGCUCCUCCCCGGCCUCGGAUCGGUUCGGAGCCCCUUCCCUCGCUCCUCCCUCCCUCCUCGCCCCACCGGAGGAGCAGACCGGAGCUCGGCUAAAGUUUCCUCUCCUCUCCGCUCUCUGGAAUUUGUUCGUAGAGGUAACCCGGGCCGAGGCGCGCUACCCGACCGCACAGGUUAUUGGAGGCCUGAAGCUCACAUGCCCAGACGAGGAGGAGGAAGAGGACUGAAUGUGUGAGCAGCCCCAGCAGAGAAGAUGAAGAGUUUUUUGUGCUGACAUCUAAGGUGUGUUGUUUCUGUGGAUGAAGUCAUCUCUGGAGCAGCGCAUACUUCAGGACUGACAGAUCGACAGGAAGUAAGGAAGGAAGGAAGGAAGGGCCCAGGAUGACUAGCGCGGCCCCGGCCAGGAAGCCGUACCGUAAGGCUCCGCCACAGCACCGCGAGACGCGCCAUGCCCUGCCUGUAGCUCCACCCCCGCCUGCACCACAGCACGACAUCAGUCAGGAGGCUCUUUCGGACUCGGACCGGAUCAGAAUCCUCCAGCAGCAGAAUGAGGACCUGCAGCGCCGCCUCUCUCUCUCCACCCACAAGAUGGAGGCCAUGGAGGCGGAGUUUGAUGGCAGCCGUCACUACAUGGAGGCGGAGCUCAGCCGGACCAGAGACGACCUGGACAAGAUGAGGGACAAGUUCCGCAGACUCCAGAAUAGCUACACAGCGUCUCAGAGAGCCAAUCAGGACCUGGAGGAGAAGCUUCACGCUCUGCUACGGAAAGUGGAGAGGGACAAAAAGACGAUGGACCAGGAGAUCGUGGAGCUCACCAACAAACUUCUGGACGCCAAGAACACGAUCGACCGACUGGAGGAGCUCAACGAGCGCUACAGACAGGACUGUAAUCUGGCCGUCCAGCUGCUCAAGUGCAACAAGUCGCACUUCAGGAACCACAAGUUCGCCGACCUGCCGUACGAGCUGCAGGACAUGUUGAACAAACACAUGAAGAGCAGCCUGCCGGAGCAAGGCCCCGCCCCCGGCUCUCAGGACCCGGAUACGCUCAGUUUGACUCCUGCUGACGUCGUGCCGACGUCCGUCAUCGCCCGUGUUCUGGAGAAACCGGAGCCGCUGGUCCUGAACUCGGCCCAGUCCAGCAGCUGUGGCCGGCCCGUCGCCGAGGACGUCUUCGUCCACGUGGACAUGACGGGCCCGGCGGGGGCCGAGGCCCGCGGGCGGGAGCACGGCGGCGGUCAGGACGCGGCGCAGCAGAACGGUUCCUGCCGCAGUCAGAGCAGUCUAGACGGGCAGUCGGGCGGCGAGGAGGCGACCGGGGCUCCGUCCUUUGAGAAGCUGAACCCGUACCCGGCGCCGCCGCCUCCCCACCCCCUGUACCCCGGCCGCAAGGUCAUCGAGUUCUCGUCGGACGACAAAGUGAAGAUUCCCAAAAACUCCCCGCUGCCGAACUGCACCUACGCCACCCGGCAGGCCAUCUCUCUGAGCCUCGUCCAGAACGAUGACGAGCGACUGGCCCCUGGCAGCCCCGCCCCCUCCUCCUCCUCCGGCGGGGGGGUCCACCAACGCACGCCGCCGUCACAACGGGAUGCCGCCAGCGAGCCGGUGUCCAGUCAGUCCAGCCCGUUCAGCAGCCCGCCGCAGGCCCCCAGCAUCCUGGCGAGCUCCGGCAGCUCAGAGGAGGACCUCCUGGCCAACUGGCAGCGGAUGUUUGUGGAGAAGGUGGCGCCGUCCUGUGACGGCUCUAUGGCUCACCGCACUUCCUUCAGCAGUCAGACAGCUCAGGAGCUGCAGAGGAGAAGGCCAGUCCCGGGGGGCGUGGCUUCGACCUCCUCCGACCGCCACAGGGCGGCGUACUCGGACGGCGAAGAGGGCUCGUCGGCGCGCAGCUGGACGCCGAGCCGCGGCUCCAGCCUCGACACGGACACGGACACGGAACCGAGGCCCAGCAGGAGGGGGCGCUACGGCGGCGGCAAUGGCUCUACGGAGGAGGGCGAGAGGCUGCUGAUGAACCUGGAAGACGACGGCUGCAGCGGGGACACGGUGGACACCGUGGACACCGUGGAGAACAACCCCGCUGACGCCCGCAGGGAGGAGUUAGAGGAGGAGGAGGAGAACUCGUCUGAGGAGAGAGACAUCCUCCCCCACGACCUGCCCAUCAUCUCACCUCGCCUCCUGGACUUCGACCCCGCCCUCCCCGCCGCUGCCCCGCAGCGGCCGCAGAAGAGCCCGAAGAGAAUGGGCGUGCACCACCUGCACCGCAAAGACAGCCUGACCCGAGCGCAGGAGCAAGGCACGCUGCUGGACUGACGCCCGCUGGCGACAGCCUGAGCCCCCCCUCACUCCCCACACUGUGCUCCCUCCGCUGCUGUCUGUCUCCAUGGCAACUGGCCUGUCUCUCACAGAGAUCAGAGGUCACGCCCAGCCAGGAUAUAGCCAUACUCUAUCGUAUGCUGCCGAGCUCACCGCCUGACCGUGUGUGUGUGUGUGUGUGUGUGUGUGUGUGUGUGUGUGUGUGUGUGUGUGUGUGUGUGUGUGUGUGUGUGUGAGAGAGAGAGAGACCAUGUACAUUUGGCCACACACUCUACUUUAAUCAUGUGUCCACUUACUUUUGCCUGAUAGUGAUCAGAUGUCUCCGUACAUACAACCAUUAUGUACUACUUGGCCAAAAGUAUCCGGACAGCCGAUUAAAGCAAAAUACAUUGAUACUGGACAGAAAAUUGUAAAUAAUCAGUAUAAGAAUCAAUAUUAGAAAUCCCAUAUGAGUCUUUUCUGAGUGUGUGUGUGUGUGUGUGUGUGUGUGUGUGUGUGUGUGUGUGGCUGAUCAGCAGCUGAUAACCACCCUCAGUGAUUGGUGCCCAGUGACUCAGUUGAUCUGUUCUUGUUAAAAUGGAAUUAAAUCAGAAGUUAAACUGGAAACUGUAUUUUUUUAAAGAUGAAGAAAUAUUAGAAAACAUUUGAUGUAUUUUUGUAAAUUCUGACUAAAAUCAACAGAAGACAUUUUGGCUCUGUGGCCAAAAGUAAAUGGACCCCCAGUCUACAUCCUGUACUGCAUUCUGUACUGCAUCCUGUACUCUGCCCAAAACCUGACAAACUCAGAGCUCCUCCAAAAUAAAACGGUUGUUUUAAUGAAGGAGAUAAACUGACAGAAAUAACUUAUCGGUUCAGUUAAUGUGCUGCUGAUCGUUCAGGGUUUGGUUGGUGCGGUCCACAUACUUUUGUCCAUGUAAAGACUUUGAUUGGCUGUAAAUAAAAUAAUUAUUUGUCCACCUGCUUUUGGCCACAUAGUGAACUGAUCAGAUCAAUACACACCAACAUAACCUACAUGGCCAAAACUAUGUGGACGGUUGAUUAAAUUGUGAAUUAUCAGUAUUAGAAGCACCAUAUCAAUUGUUUGUAUGUGUGUGUGUGUGUGUGUGUGUGUGUGUGUGUGAACAGAAAAAAAGAAUAGAAAGACUUUCUGGACGUCUCUGCCUUGUUUUCGUGAUCAGGAGCUUUUAUUCUGAAAAGAACAGAAGACACACACCUGGAUAAACACUCACACACUCAGACUCAGUGCCUCUGUCUCUCUCUCUCUGUCUCUGUCUCUCUCUCUCUCUCUGUCUCUGUCUGU